AUGGGCGACCGCACGGUCCACGUCGGCAAUCUCGAGACGUUCGUGAACGAGAGCACGCUCUACCUGCUCUUUUCGCAGUUCGGCACUGUCACCAACGUUCGCCUCGCUGGUGACCCUAAGAUGCAAACGCGGUACGCGUUUGUAGAGUUCAACGAUUCCGUUAUGGCGCAUGCAGCGUGCUUGCUCGACGGUCUGCAGGUCGGCUCGCGCAAUCUCCGCGUCUCGCUCUCCAAGCCAUACGCCGGGAAAGGAGCGGCGUCAGCAGCGGUACAUAACCCCUUAGCUGCGCUGAUGGGCGGCGCGGGACUGGCAGCGACGCCCGCCGUGACCGCAGCCCCUCGGAAGCGGUCCACCGUGGAGGAUCAGGAGCGCAUUUCGCGGACCAUCCACGUCCGCAAUGUCGACAUCCAGAUCACGGAGGCGAUGCUGGUGGAGUAUUUCGGCGUGUGCGGGACCGUGACGGCCGCGCGCACGGCGGGCACGAACAACCCGCGCACGGCGUGGAUCGAGUUCGCCGCGCAGCAGUCCGCGCUCGCCGCGCUCUCGCUGGACGGCCAAGUCCUCGCCGGGCAGACCUUGAGAAUCUCCCCCAGCAAGUCCGCCAUUCAGACCAACGCGCUCUCGCAGCGCAACGCGCCGGCGCCGGCGCUGCCGACCAUGACGCCCGCCAUGAUGAUGGCCGCCGUCGCCGCGCCGCAGAACAUCGUCAAAGUGCAGGGCAUCCCCGCUAAGGUGUGCUUCGCUGUCCCGCUUACCAGCUACAUUCUGCGGUUACUGUUCAUUGCUUAUAUUCGCACGUUUCUUCUCUCGGCGCAUCUCCCUUCCCCCUCCACGCAUCUCCCCCCUCCGCGCAUCUCCCCCCUCCGCGCAUCUACCCCGUCCGCGCAUCUCCCCUCUCCGAGCAUCACCCCCCUCCGAGCAUCGCCCCCCUCCGAGCAUCGCCCCCCUCCCCGCACUUCUCAGCUCCGCGCCUCACCUGCUCUCUACUCCCGCCCCUUGCGUCCCGACGCCCAUCUUUCCCGCCCGACCCUCCCUCCCGCCCUCCCUCCCGCCCUACCCUCCCACCCUACCCUCUCGCCCUGCCCUUCUCGCCCCUCCCGAAGCCCACCCACCCCGUGGUUCCCCCGUUGCGUGUGCGUGCUGCCGUGUGCCGCCCAGGCAUCGGAAGCGGACGUGCGCACUCUCGUAGAGGCGCGCUGCGGCCACGUGCGCUCGCUGAUCAUCGUGCCCGUGCCAGGCCCGCCGCCUGAGGAGCCGGGCAAGAAGGGCGAGAAGGGCGAGGAGGGGGCCGAGGGCGAAGAGGGCUACAAGGGCCCGACGAAAAUGGCGACGGUGGAGGUGGAGGAUGCAGAGGCGGUGGCGAAGGCGCUGGAGCUAAACGGCACCAAGUUCAUGGGCGCUACCAUCUCGUACGUCCUGUCCUGCUGCCCCUCCGCCCCCCGGACUUGCCGUUUUGGCUUUGUUGCUGCUGUGCUGUUUGUUACCCUUUCCCUCUUCCCCCCUUUAUCUCCCAUUCUCCCCUCCCCUCCCCUCCCUUCCCCUUUUCUCUCCUUCAACCCUUCCUUCGCCAUUCCCGGCCUCGACCCCUCUCUCCUCGACCCCUCCCUUCUCUCCGAUCCCACCUUCCUAGCCGCUGCCACUGCGGCAGGUCUCCCUACCACCGCCCUGCCUCCCCCGCCCCCUUUACCUCCCAACACGCAACCCACCAUCGUGGCAUCUGAGACUGGCACUGAUGGCACCGCCACAGGCACAGACGCCACAGCAGCAGCUGCAGCAUCGGCAGACGACGACCGGAAAGACUCUCACGGGUCGCACAAGCGCUCGGCAGAUGACACUGAGGGGGGAGAGAAGCGCGCACGCCAUGACUGA